CCACGUUACAUGUUCGCUAAUCCUUCAUUUUCAAUCUCCGAACAUUGGUCAAUGGUGCGGGGUUUUUUUACUAUAAAAAUACAUGCAACACCAAAAUAUGUCCUUGUUUUAGUUAGUUCAUGAUUUCGGUUUUCGAGAUACCCGAUGGUGCAGGCAAACAUAUCAGAUUGGUUGAAUUUAAUGGUAAACUGUAUCCUAAAUUUACUCCUGAAGUAAUAACCAACAUGAAAUCGUUAAAACUACUUGAAGAUGACGUCAUUAUUUCUGCCUACCCUCAAUCGGGAACACACUGGUUGUUUGAAAUAUGUCGAAUGUUGCAGACAGCAUGGAAAAAUUGGUUUACUAUAGCCUAAAUUGAAAGGUUUGAUCGAGUCUACCGCGAGAAAAUGGCUACAUCAAAAUUAAGAAUUUAG